AUGGAAAAUAAUGUUGUUCAAAAGAACUCCAAAGUUCUGUCUGAAGUCAAUGUGGCUGAACAUUCCUCAAGAGAGGAAAAUCAACAAAAUGACCAUCUAAACAUGCCGAUUCGGAAGACUGCUAAUCAAACUGAAACUUCAUACAAGAAACUGUCGAGGAGUUGUGAAAAGCUUCCACCUUUGGUUCGUAAAAACAGUAAUGAUGGCCUCUUCCUGAGUCACUCAAUGUCAAGCAAAACUCUCAUGGAUCAUUUGUGUCCAGUAGAGAACAAGAGCAGCAAAACAUUCAAAGCUAUAGAUAUUAUGAAAAUCAAAGAAGGAAAUCUGAAGCAAGAUGAAACAAAGGAUGCUGGGAUAAAAACAGGCUCUAAUACUCCAGAAAUGAUCAACAAUGAUGUACUUCCUUCUCUGUUUCCCAACAUACCUUCUUUUUCAUCUUUUGAUUUUUCAAAAACUGGAUUUUCCUACAGAAGAUCUUCAGAAGUUGCUCAGGAAUCUUUUGCACAAAAAGCAGGGAUCAUUCAUCUGUCAAUUGAAAAACCGGAUGCCAGACCUAUUAUGGAUCAUAAACAUCCUUUAGUUGCAUCUUCAAAAGACAAAAUCUCAACCCAAGAAGAAGGAAACACAGGCGUGCCAAAGCCUUAUCAGUCGUUAAAACACCAGAAAAAUUCCCCAUUUUAUGCCCAGAGUAAAAGUGACAAUACUACAACUGCUGAGGAAGAAAUUAUAAAUGAUGUAAAAGAAAAUUUAGAUGCCACAGGAGCAAAGACAUCCUUUCAUAGAAAUUUGAAAAGUCAAGCUUCUCACAAAUUCCGUUGUGUUGAUGGACAUUCAUCUGAUAAAGAAUCUGCAUCUUUCUCUCAGCUUGAGGAGUUAAGUAAUAAGUAUGACAGUUUAUGCCGCCGCGCCAGUACAAGCACGACAAGCAGCUUUUUAUCAAUAGGAGAGGACUUUACAUGGAAAAAAGGAGAUCUCCUAGGGUCUGGUUCAUAUGGAAGAGUCUGGCGAGGCUUGACAAGUGACGGUGAACAAAUUGCCGUCAAACAGAUUGUGCUCGAUGUGUCUGACCGAGAAAAGGCAGAACGGGAGUACCAAAAAGUGCAAGAAGAAGUGGAAAUCUUGAAAACUUUGCAACACAAAAAUAUUGUCAGUUUCCUUGGUAUGCGUCGAGAAGGAGAAGAGGUUUCCAUUUUUAUGCAAUAUGUAACAGGAGGUUCCAUUGCUCAACUUCUUGCCAGAUUUGGUCCAUUAGAUGAACCGGUGUUUUGCAGCUAUACUCAACAAAUACUUGAAGGUGUCAAGUACCUUCAUGACAGAAAUGUAAUCCAUAGAGAUAUCAAAGGUGGCAAUGUAAUGUUAAUGCCCAAUAGUACAAUAAAACUUGUUGACUUUGGUUGUGCAAAACGUUUGUGCUACAGUUUGAAUAAGAAUUCACUUUGUAAUCCAACUUCCCUUCAAGGCACUCCAUAUUGGAUGGCCCCUGAAGUAAUUCAAGAAACAGGACAUGGAAAAAAAUCAGAUAUAUGGAGUAUUGGUUGUACUGUGUUUGAAAUGGCAACAAAAAGUCCUCCUUGGAGUGACAUGAAUCCAUAUGCGGCCAUUUUCGCUAUUUGUUCUUCCAAACCUGUUCCAGCCUUGCCAUCAGAGUUUUCCCAAAAGGCUCAAGAUUUUGUUCGUGUUUGUCUGAUCAGGGACCCUGCAAAAAGACCGACAGCUAGUGAACUCCUUCAGGAUAAAUUUAUUACAACACCCCAUCAUGGCCGUCGACGCAAAAGUGUAACUUGCUUUAACUAA